AUGUUCGAUGUUGGUGGCCAGAGAAGCGAACGGAAGAAGUGGAUUCACUGCUUUGAGGAUGUCACAUCUAUUAUCUUUUGCGUGGCUUUGAGUGAGUACGAUCAAGUUCUGCUCGAGGAAAGUAGUCAGAACCGAAUGAUGGAGAGUUUGCUGCUAUUCGACUCUGUUGUCAACUCGAGAUGGUUCAUGCGGACGAGCAUCAUCCUGUUCCUCAACAAGGUUGAUAUCUUCAAGCAGAAGCUCGGCCGGUCACCUCUGGGCAACUACUUCCCUGACUACUCUGGCGGUGACGAUGCCAAUAAGGCAGCAAAGUACCUGCUGUGGCGGUUCAAUCAGGUGAAUCGGGCACACCUCAACUUAUAUCCUCAUUUGACCCAAGCUACCGAUACGUCCAACAUUCGCCUAGUAUUUGCGGCGGUGAAGGAGACGAUACUCAACAACGCCCUCAAAGAUUCCGGUAUCCUGUAA